AAAACGUUCGUCGCUCGGGUUUCUCUUCAUCUUUACGGGGAUAAGAGCGUGUGAAAAAAUAUAAAAAAUCUCACCGGCGGUAGAAAAGAAGAGAAAUAAAAUGUUGAGGGAGUGCGGAGAUGUGAAAAUCUGGGAUUUGGGGCCAAACGAGUGAGUCGAUCGGUGGUAGAAACGGUGUGAAACGAAUAAAGGAAAAAGGGGGGUUCGGGACAGCAAGGAACUAGGGCGGUAUUUCGAUCGAGGACCGAAGUGGCCAGUGACAAAUCCUUCGAAAUGGCUACAAGGACGAUGAAAAGUAUUGACUCGAGUUGAUUCUAUUUCGCAAGUGAAACUCAUGAACGCAUUCGUACGGGAUUCGUAUUCGAUUCGUUAGUGUAUCGCGCGGGAAUUCGGGUGACAGUGAACUCGAAAGGAGCCGGUGUUUCGAGGACGAAUAAAACAAAAGUGUGUUUCGAAAGUAGAGGGGGGUAUAAGUUUCGCGGAUGAUGCAGCAGGAUAAACAAUCACAAGCUGAGGAUCCCUCGAACCGGAACGAGAAUACGGAGCGUCUUCGCGAGGCUGAAUCCUCCACCGAAUCGAUCACGAUGAUUGACUCGGUUCUGCCGAACCUCACGAUUCAGAGCGUUGCUCUCGGACUCCAGGGUGCUCUUUUAGCCGCGCUGCACAGGGUCGCUUCCUUGCCGCCCGGUCAUGCGGACGCUCCGGCCCUCAAUUUUCAAGCUCUUCAAACUUACUUGACUCUGCAUCGUCUUCACGCGAGUGGUGCCACUGCGAACGUAACCUCCUCGACCGCCAAUCAAAUCGGCAAUUUGCCCAACCUCGCAAAUUCUCCUCAACGUCCUGGCUCUCUGGCCAAUGACAAUUGCUCGUCCACUAACGUCUCAACGAGCUCCGCCAACCACCUCGUCAUCUCAACUUCGGGCAACAAACAAACGACCUUGAAGAGCGAACACCAUUUGAGCCUCGAAGCCAUUCGAGCCACCACCCUCGACGAUGACGACGACGAGGACGUCUCUCAUCUCGAAUUCGUCACCGAUCCGGAAGAGGAUCUCGCUCUCUUAGAGGACGAGGAAGCCGCCGCCAUUUUGCGAGAUAAUUCAUCAGUCUCGGCCAACACCUGCUCUCCGAUUCCAACCACCACCACCAUCACCACCACCACCACCACCACCAUCGGAAAUCACGAUCCUCUUUUACAACGCAUCAACGACUCUCAUGAGUCCUCUUCUCUCAAUAUCACCUCCGUACCUCUCACUGCCACCUGCACCUCGUCCACCUCCUCGCCCUCUUCUUCCUCCCUAUCGACCGUUCAAGCCACAUCGACUUCCAGUGACAUCAACCUUCCGCGUACCUGCCGCUCAUCCCGACCUAAAAAACAAUUCAUCUGCAAAUUCUGCAGCCGACAAUUCACGAAAUCCUACAAUUUGCUCAUCCACGAGAGAACUCACACCGACGAAAGGCCCUACUCGUGCGACAUUUGCGGCAAAGCUUUCCGCCGGCAAGAUCAUCUACGGGAUCACAGGUACAUUCACAGCAAAGAAAAGCCGUUCAAGUGUGCCGAGUGCGGCAAAGGUUUCUGUCAGAGUAGAACUUUGGCAGUUCACAAAAUACUCCACAUGGAGGAAUCGCCCCACAAAUGUCCGGUAUGCGCGAGAAGCUUCAAUCAACGAAGUAACCUGAAAACGCAUCUCUUGACGCACACCGACAUAAAGCCGUAUCACUGCGUCUCUUGCGGUAAAGUUUUUCGAAGGAAUUGCGAUCUCAGACGUCACUCGCUGACGCACAAUCUCGGUGCAGCAUCCUCGCCACCCCCGCAGAGACAAUCGACAGGAAUAUCGGUGGCUGGACCGAGCGGGGAUGCUCUUCUUCAGGACGCAUCUUAGCUCUUUCCCUGGAAAACUAUCUCGUUCUUUCAUCCCCACUCUAAUUAUCAUUAUUUUUCAUUUUUUAUUGAAUUUCACCAUUUUUAUCUGUGAUUCUUCACAAAAAAUCAUCCUCUCGCGUGCUUACACACGAUUGUAAGCUCUCGCGCGUUUCAACAAAUUCUCACCAACCUUCCAGCGUGACUGACGAACUCGAUAACGAUAUUGGGAAAGGUGUUUCAACCUUUUUUUUUACCGGUGAUGCCGCGGUUCUUAGUUGCAACUUGUAAAUAUUGUGUCAAUAUGAAUAAUGAAUAUAAACGUGAACUUACGAUAGUCAUGGCUCGCAAAGGCGAGACCAGCUUACGAUAAAAUUGAAAUGAAAAUUCGUCAACUAUGCUGAGCGUUGAAUUUUGGAAAAUCAAAAAUCACUACCGUUAUUGAUAUUAUCUCUAUGCGAGCAGCCUAUGCAGUGUAUAUUUAUGGAAUCGCCGUUAAGGGAAUGUAUAAAAAAAAAAAAAACAAGGCACGUACUACAAAUAAUAAGAAUUUUAAGUUGUGUGAUCUGAGGUGUUGACAACACCGCGCGUACGAUGUACAUCUCCAAUGUACGCAUGUAUAAUAAAGUUUCGUAUUAUUAUUUUUUA